UCGUCGUCAUCCGUCACCCUCUUUGAACGCCGUUGGAAAAAAACAAACGAGUAUUUGAAAAUAUGGUCUUAAGUAUACUUUAGAAACUUUAGAAAAAAAAUCAGAAUUUGACUGAACGCAUAUUGUAUACCCAGUCGAUAGUUGCAUCAGGUGAAUAACACAAUAUAAUUGUGGGGAUGGGGAUAAAUCGUCCUGCAGAGUACAAUAAGAGUCUGUACCCCUUCCCCCCACCCAGACGAACGUAUUAUUAUUAUUAUUAUUACAUGCUGUCACAUCAUCAUACACCACCACCACCUGACGACGGUCAUCGUCUUCGUCAUAAUCGCGUGUGUGCAUUUCCCCGCAAGUCCACUCGCAAGUUUUCCGCGACGCUACAGCGGCAUGCGCGGCGGCGCGGCGUCGGCGGUAAAACGUCUACCGGCGGCAGUGCGCCGUGUUUAUCGCCGUCGCCGUGGUCGUUGGUCGCGCGCGAGUGUCACAGUCCGGCGUGUUCUAUAUGAUAAUAUCGUUGGCGUCGUUGUCGUCGUCAUUAUUCACAACACAAAUAAUAAUUGUUAUACGUGUCCAGACGUGUAUUUACGUCCGUGUGUGCGCGUGGGUCCAGUCCCGUGUGUUCGUCCGCCGAGAGCAAAACGUUUUUCGAAAACUUCUGCAGAGUUAACGCCACCGUCUGCGAUGGUCCCAGAAGGGGGCGAUUUUUGAAAAGGACUCAACACUACAUGAUGUGACAGAGGAAAGAAGAUUAUUGAAAAAGAAACCGUGACAAAGCAAAAAUAUUUUUUCGAAGAUGUUAUCAUGUUUUCCACUUCUAGUUAUCAUGCUCACUACAGUGGCAGCGACGCCUUGUUUAUUCAACAGCAUGUGUACAUGCAAAACAGACGAAGCAUUAAGAAUGCACAUCGCAUGUGUUGCAGUUCCUUUGUACACAAUCCCAGAAGUAGCAACUGGUACUCGGAUAAGUCAUAUGGAUGUCAUGUCAUCUGAGAUCGAGGCUGUGGACAAUGAUAUAUUACAAGGAACACACAUCGAAUCACUACGGUUGAUGAGCAAUAAAAUAGGAAUAAUUUCUGAAAGGGCCUUCGCGUCAUCCGGCACAGUUCUUAGAGCCCUGGAUCUCAGCUAUAACCAAUUGGAUAAAGUGCCACUUAAAUCAUUUUCCAAUAUAAAAAAUUUGGAUUGGCUUAAUUUACACGGAAAUAACAUAGAGGUUGUGGAAACGCACUGGAAUCAUUUGCAAGAUACGCUACAACAUUUGUUUAUUGGAGAAAAUGAUUUAAUGUCAUUUCCAGAACAAUUUUCAAAACUCCGAACUUUAUCUACACUAAAUCUAGAUAAUAAUUUGAUCACGUCUAUUCCAUCUAAUAUUAGAACUCCUCCAACGCUUGAAACAUUAAGCAUAUCAAACAAUUUUCUACAAGAUUUUCCAUUGUCACUAUUAGAAACUGGAACUGCAUUAAACAGAUUAUACAUCCGAGACAAUUAUAUAGAAAAUAUGACAAAAAUAAUUCCAAAUAGAUUUGUUAAAUUAGAUGUAUUAGAUUUUGGCAUGAACCGAUUAGAGAGUUGGUCAGGUCGAAUGUUUGGUGGUCGCUCAGAAGUACGAAAUCUACACUUAGAUAUGAAUCGAUUAGAGUCACUGGAUGCUAAUGCAUUUGAUGGAUUGCGGUCUGUUCGGAUGUAUCUGUCAUACAACAAGUUAAAAAAUUUGAAUCACAAAACAUUUGAAGGCCUUGAAAGAAUACUAGAGUAUUUGGAUUUGGAACAUAAUAAUUUAGGAAUAAUACCUACAGCAAUAAGAACAUUGAAAAAUUUAAAAUUUUUGUAUUUAUCAUCAAAUGAUCUCAAUAAAUUAGAUUCAGCAGAUUUCACAGGCGUGUCAUCAAGCUUGAGGUCACUUUCACUAUCUGGAAAUCUCCUUACGGAAAUUCCAAGCCAUGCAUUGAUGAACUGCACUAAACUAUCACAUUUAAAUUUAGGAUAUAAUUUCAUUAGGGAAAUAAAAGAAAACGACUUUGGAGAAUGGGCCAGGCACCUUGAUACUUUACUACUGAUGAACAACAAGUUAAAAGAACUCAUCGGAAGACCUUUCAAGAACACGAAUUCUCUUCGGGAAUUAAGUUUAUCUUUUAAUAAUAUUCAUUACGUAGAUGCCGACGUAUUUUUAGAUUUAGCAACAUCAUUAGAAAGUUUAGAAAUUAGUUUCGGUGUUUACUACGACAACUUUCCAGUUAAAAUACUUAGACAUCUCAAGUCUUUGUUGUGGUUAGUACUUGAUAAUAACGAUAUUUCAUCUGUGCCAUUUGAUUCAUUGCAUUCGCUAGAUAGUCUUCAAUAUUUGAACUUGGAGUCUAAUAGAAUAUCUGUAUUGGCUCCUAGGACAUUUAGCUCACCUAACCAAACUGAUCUUCGUGAAGUAAGACUGAAUCAAAAUUAUUUAAUGUCCUUAGAACCAAACACGUUUUCCAAUCUACAGCAACUACAGACAAUUACUAUAUCUAGAAACAAAAUUAUUGAAGUAAUGUCACAUUCCUUUAAAGAACUUCCAAGACUACUCAAUAUUGACUUAUCAUAUAAUCAAAUCGAAUACAUUCAGCCAUCGGCAUUUGACAGUUUACCAAAUUUUAAACGUCUUGAUUUGCAAGGAAAUCAACUGAAGGAAUUGCGAAUGACGUCAUUUGUAAAUUGCACUAAUUCAAAAACGCCAUUGUCUUUAAACGUAUCCAACAAUUGUAUCGAAAGAACGCCUAUUGAUGAUUCAUUGACGCCCGUUCACAUAAAGAUUUUAGACCUUAGUCAUAAUAGUUUACAAGAUUUACCAUUUAAAUUGUUGUAUUUUAUAUCUAGCUCACUUAGAAACUUAUACUUAGAUCAUAAUCGGAUAACCAAAAUAUAUAACUCUGAGUUCAUAAAUUUAACGAACUUGGAAGUACUCUCAAUCACCGAAAAUGGUAUGACAUCAAUAGCGUCAAAAGCAUUUAGUAAUUUAACUUCUUUGCAAAUACUAUAUUUAUCUGGUAACAAGAUACAACAAUUAUCGUCCGAACAGUUUGCAACAUUACCAAAACUUAGAGUAUUAUCUUUAGCCCGGAAUCGGCUAAGCACAUUAAGUUGGGAUGUAUUAUCAGGAACGCCAUUAGAGUAUAUUGAUCUAUCCAAUAAUGAAUUACUCGCAGUGCCAGCUGGUGUAUUAUUGAAAACUGGUACAACUCUAAGACAUCUUUUAUUGGCUGGUAAUCGGAUAGAUCAUGUUGAUGGGACAACGUUUUUUGAUGUGCCCAGAUUAGCUAAUUUAAGUUUGGCAAAUAACAAAUUGACAAUAAUUCCAGACAACACUUUUGUUGGACUCUCAAAUCUUAUUUCAUUAGAUUUGUCUUCAAAUACCCUAAGAGCAAAUUUCAAAGAACUUUUCCACUAUGUACAAAACGUUAGGCAUUUAAACCUGGAAGAUACGGGGCUAAUCGAAACGCCACCUUUACCACUUCCCAGUUUAAUUUCUCUUCGACUGUCAAAAAAUAAAUUAGAAAAAAUAUCCAGAUCUUCAAUGGAAAUGUUGACCCGGCUCAAGACAUUGUUCCUAAAUGACAAUAAAUUAAGUUCUUCUCCGUCACACGUUUGGUCAUUAUUACCAUCAUUGAAAACAUUGGAUCUAUCUUCAAAUCCUAUAAAAACAAUAACCAAAGCAAGUUUUUCGGGCUUGUCCCGUUUGCAGCAUUUACGAGUCCAACAACUCAAUUAUUUAGAUCGUUUUGAUGUGGGAUCACUAUCCAAGUUGUCCACGCUCCGGUCAUUAGCCACUGAUUGGCGACCCAACCUUGGACAAAUCGUAUGCGCUGCUGUUAAGUCAAUCCGCAGACUAUCGGUUCACGUGAAAGGUUCUAAAUUAAUGGGACCAAUAGUCGACACCUGCGGUCCCAAAUUAGAAUCCGUGGCCAUUACGGGAUCAAAGUUGCAAUUCAUUGACCGGCAGGUAUUCUCAGGUCUAGAGCGUGGGGUCGGUGAACGACUAACAAUCAGCAUACGGCACACUGCAAUUGAAGAUUUGCCUGCCGAUCUAUUGCUACCACUGGUUGGCGUACCAAAACUCGCAUUGGAUUUGACUGGUAACAAGCUUACAUCGUUCAAUCCACUGACCAUAUAUUCCAAUUACACCACAUGGGAAAACUCUGGGACAAAUAUAUUGAAAGGCAAGUGUUUUCUUAAUUAAAUAUUUUACACUGACCUCAUAUUAUAAUGAAUGUGUGUA